GAAUACAUUGUAAUGGAACAUUUGAUCAAUUUGUUUGCUGGCCUCACUCACGCCCAGGAAAUGUCUCUGUUCCUUGUCCUUCAUAUUUGCCAUGGUUGGAAAACGGAAGUGUAGGAAAUGUAUACAGAGUCUGCUUGGAUGAAGGGACUUGGCAAACGAAGGAAAACUCCACAGACAUUUGGCGUGAUAGUUCAGAAUGUUCUGAGAAAAACAAUUUAAAAAAAAAAGAAGAAGAACAUAAAUUACUUACCACAUUACAGCUGUUGUAUACUAUAGGAUAUUAUUUUUCUCUCAUCUCACUUAUAUUAGCUCUCCUUAUACUUUCUUCACUCAGAAAACUUCACUGCACAAGAAACUACAUCCAUAUGAAUUUAUUUGCAUCUUUUAUCUUGCGUGCUACGGCAAUUCUUAUAAAAGACACUGUAUACUACAAUAUUUACUCCAAAAAACCAAAUGAUGAAACUGGAUGGAUAUUAUACCUCAGUCCUGAGAUUAUAAUUGUUUGCAGGACUGCCCAGUUUUUCAUGCAUUACUUUGUUGGGGCAAAUAAUUUUUGGCUAUUAGUAGAAGGAAUUUAUCUGCACACAUUAUUGAUAACUGUUGUACUCUCUGAAAGACGACUGCUACAGACAUAUAUUGUGAUAGGAUGGGUUGUUCCUAUCCUGUUUGUGGGCCCUUGGGGAAUAAGCAGAUCAAAAUUGGAGAACACAGGAUGCUGGGGAACAAAUGAGCACAUGGGAAUCUGGUGGAUCAUCAGAGGACCAAUGUUGUUUUCCAUUGCAGUUAACUUUGGCAUCUUCUUAAAAAUUCUCAGAAUGCUGAUUUCCAAACUAAAAGCUCAGCAAAUGAGUUUUCAUGACUACAAAUACAGAUUGGCAAGAUCUACACUUGUGCUGAUUCCAUUGUUGGGGAUCCAUGAAUUUGUAUUUGCCUUCAUCACCGAUGAACAGGUGGAAGGAUUUUCAAGACAUAUAAGACUUUUCAUUCAGCUGACAAUGAGCUCAUUUCAUGGAUUUUUUGUAGCAGUUUUAUACUGCUUUGCUAAUGGAGAGGUGAAAGCAGAGCUCCAGAAGCAGUGGUCCCGCUUCCUGCUGGCAGAUCCCUUUGGCUGUAAACUGUGCUUUCUUGGGGAAAACAUAAAAUACCUCAGGAAAUGUUCACAGAAACGAAAUAAACAGCACCUCGGCAGCAAACACCACUUGUGCCUGGAGGCCAGCGAGCCCUGCGGCGUGCAGCUCCAGCAGGUGCUAGUGACGCAGGGAUCGGAUCUCAGCUCAGAGCCAGGCUGUGCGCUCCCAUCUUGUCCAUGGGCAAGCAUGUCAGACAGCAGUGAAGGAGAAGUCACCACUGGAGAGACAACUGAGGAAGUCUUCGAAGAAAGUGAGAUCUAG